CGUCAGUCAUGACGUCACUUCCUGCGGGUGUGAGCUCCGUGCGCCUCCGCUCUGCAUGGACGUGCCGGGGGCUUUUUCUGACAGCGGCAGCGCUGUUGGGAAACUAAGGGACGCUGUCCCGGGUCGGCGCCUGUUCUCCCCUUCCUCCUCUCUCUCUCUCCCUCCCUCCCUCUCUCUCUCUCUCUCUCUCCCUCCCUCUCCCUCUCUCUCUCCACCCGGCACCGAGCGCUUCUCAAUCCGCGCGCAGGUUCCUUGAGGGCAUGGCGGCUUCGGAUCGGGCUGUUUGUCGGAAGUCUGAUGAUUGAGAUUGCCGGGCGCCUGCUCCUCCACCGCAAUGGUCGACAUGGAGAGCCACUACCAUCCCCCUUCUCCCCUGGAGGACUCGGUGCUGGGCAGCCCCCUGUGCACCGAUGACGACUUCAUGGGCGGCAUGGAGGAGUUCCAGGACAUCUCCCAGUCCAUCGACAAUGAUGCCCUCAGCUCUUUCGAUGUCCCCGACUACCAGUCCUCCAGCAAUGGCUCCGAAGGGUCCACCGUCCUAGAUGCUCUGACGCCAGCGUCCAGCCCCUCCUCCGUUGUGUACGGGGUGGCAGCGGGCCAGGAGGAGUUCUCGUCGUCCACCUCAUCGCUCAGUCUGGAGUGUCGAGUGUGCGCUGACCGCGCCUCGGGCUAUCACUAUGGAGUCCACGCCUGCGAGGGCUGCAAGGGUUUUUUUCGGCGGACCAUCCGUCUGAAGCUGGAGUACGAUAAGUGUGAGCGCCGCUGCAAGAUCCAAAAGAAGAAUCGCAACAAGUGCCAAUACUGCCGCUUCCAGAAGUGCCUGUCGGUGGGCAUGUCCCACAACGCCAUCCGUUUUGGUCGGAUGCCCCAGUCGGAGAAGCUGAAGCUGAAGGCGGAGAUGGUGACGGGGGACAGGGAGGUGGGGGACCCUCAGAUAGCCGACCAGAAGACGCUGGCCAGGCAGAUUUAUGAGGCCUACCUCAAGAACUUCAACAUGCACAAGGCCAAGGCUCGAACCAUUCUCACCGGCAAGACCACCACCCCUCCGUUCGUCAUCCAUGACAUGGAGACGCUCCAGCUGGCGGAGCAGACACUGGUGGCCAAGAUGGUCGGCUCUGCAGGAGUGCUGAAGGACAGGGAGGUAGAAGUUCGGAUUUUCCAUUGCUGCCAGUGCACAUCGGUGGAAACCGUCACGGAGCUCACGGAGUUCGCAAAGUCCGUCCCCGGGUUCUCAAGCCUGGACCUCAACGAUCAAGUGACUCUUUUGAAGUACGGAGUGUACGAGGCUCUCUUCGCCAUGCUCGCCUCCAGCAUGAACAAGGACGGGCUCCUGGUGGCGUACGGCUCGGGCUUCAUCACGCGCGAAUUCCUCAAGAGCCUGCGGCGUCCCUUCAGUGAUAUGAUGGAGCCAAAGUUCCAGUUUGCCAUGAAGUUCAAUGCGCUGGAGCUGGACGACAGUGACCUGGCUCUGUUCGUGGCUGCUAUCAUCUGCUGUGGAGACCGACCAGGCCUGGUGAAUGUGGAGCACAUCGAGCGGAUGCAGGAGAACAUUGUGCAGGUGCUACAGCUCCACCUGCUGGCCAACCAUCCGGACGACGCGUUCCUCUUCCCCAAGCUGCUGCAGAAACUCGCUGACCUCCGGCAGCUGGUCACUGAGCAUGCACAGCUGGUGCAGGAGAUCAAAAAGACAGAGGACACCUCGCUGCACCCGCUCCUGCAGGAGAUCUACAGAGACAUGUACUGAAGAUUGUGGAGGAAUCAACCGGGAGGGGCACUUUACAAACCGUCUCCUUUUUUUUUUUUACAGGGACAGAGCAACUAGAGGAAGAAGGAGAAGAAGAAAGAAGGAAAGUCCUCCAUAAGCUAGGGUUGAACCACUUAAACCCACGUAAUGCAGCGAGAGUUAGUUUUGAUCAGCGCAAGAGGUCCCGUGUAGGCCCAAGCAAGAAGCUGAUGAUUCCCUUGGUUUGGCACAGUGCUGUCCACUCCAUUGUGAGGACCGUCCCAGGCAGAAAAGUCGUGUACGCAAAGAUGUGAAGUACAGCUGAUCGAGCCGCUGUGUAAGCCUCCUCUGACCAAACACUGAUAAAAACACUGGAUGCUAAAUUAAAAUCUUAUCCCCAUCCAAAAAUGAGGAAAAAACGGGGGAACUUGACAGUUGCACCUCUGGCAGUAUGUUUGAGAGUAGAUUUUUAUACUGAUGUCAAAGAGCAAAGAGCCAUAAACCUUCACAGUAAACAGCAUCCAAAGUGACAGCAGCUGCAUUGAGACCGCCAGUGAAGGGUGGUUAUGUGAACACGAGCCCUCCAGGAUGUCUCUUCACCUUUUUAUAUCCAGAGACAAACCUGUCACCAGGCUCCGGGGAAAAAACCCGGUCAUGUCUUGGUACUGUAAGUCUCCUCGGCCAUACUGUGUUCGUAAUGACCCUGGAAAUGAUCAUCGUCCUUCGUGUUGUUUUCUCUUCCUGACCCGACAAACUCGAGACUCGGCGUGGAUUGUCAUCACUUACUGAAUUAUUCAACUUGUGCACAAACUGUUCAGGCAAUAGUAUUUUUUUACACUUCAGAAUAAGGAGGCAAAAUCUUAAAGUCUAUGAGAAAAUAUGUGAGGGGUUUUGCAGACUGAAAUGGACACGGGCGCAGAUUCACUGUGCACGUGUGCCACCAUGCACAUCUGAAGCACAAACAAACACGCCUGUGAUAUGCUGUUUUGAUAUUUUAUACUGGACCUCUGUUGACUGCCCUUUUUGGCAAAACACAUGCACAGACGUUUGGCACUCCGUCCUGUUUUGUGGCCUGGUAUUCAAGGGCUAACACCGAGAUAAACCGCAUUACAACCUUAACACAGGCAGAGUUAGGGCGGAUUUGCAGGAAAUGAAUUCAUCCGGCUUGUAAUUUCUCACUCACUCAAGUCCCCGUUCUUCGAAAUCACAUUUCAAUAUUUGUUUCUCUCAAUAUGUCAAGUUGUCUCACUCCCUUCUUUCUCCUGUCAGUCCUUCUGCCUUCUGUUGUUGGCUGUGUUCGGGUCCUCAUGAUAUGCAGUUGAUUAAGACGUGGGGGUCUUCUGUUCGCACUUUUUCACAUGAUGUCAGAUGAAAAGCAUUUUCCUCUUCUCCAUGGAGAAAAAAGAAUGGCGGUGUAGUCUCACAGAAGAAACUUACACAGUGUAGUGUAAAAAAAUUGUUUUCAUUUUGGACAAACAGUCAAACAAAAAGACAAAGGGAAACACAAGCAUGUGUCCAUGAUGCACUUAUUUGAUUCAGUGUGUAGAAUAAAACCAAUCAGAUUUUACGAAACAGCUAAACAAUGAGCCUUGACAGUUUUCACAGUUAGUCAAGGAUAUAUUGUAAUGAUGGAUGAAGACCAAGCACAUUUCCAUAUGGUAUCAUUUAGAUGGGUUUUUUUGUCCUCCAUCUGCUAAUGAUAACAGUACAUUUGAAAACGCCACUCCUGUAUUUUUUUUCCCCGUCAUACUGCAUUUUGUAAAAUAGAAAGACCUUCUUUACUGAAGGAAAGUCAAUGGUGGAAACAUGGAUGUCUGAUAGUUUGGAUAAUAUGCAGUAUAUGUGGAUCUGUGAAUGAUUGCUCCCUAUCGCCAUCAUUUCAAUCUAAUCAAAAUCUCCUCAAAUCACCAUGAACUGAUUGAAAUUCAGUCACGAGAAAUGGACCUUUUGUUUAAAUUGCGUCACACUUGCAGGGUACUGUACAUAAUCUGAAAUGAUCACACUGACUCCUUGCCCCCAGAUUUGAACUCUUGAGGUAUACAAGGUACUAAUGAUUGACUUUUGUAUUCCUCUGUUUGGUAAAUCCUUUUAAAUGUUUUAAAAUUUUACAGCAAAUGUAUUCAUGUACUGUAUGUGUAUUUGCUUCAAUGCCACACAAUUGUGUACGAUUGAAUUGGAUCGUAUUUUUUAUACUAAAGUGUGUGUGUGUGUAUAUAUAUAUAUAUAUAUAUAUAUAUAUAUAUAUAUAUAUAUAUACUGUAUGUAUAUAUAUACACUGUAUGUCUAAAUCAGAUCAUUGUUUAUUUGAAAUGGCAAGAUUUAAGAGUGCAGUGUAAAUAGAUUUAAGGGUAACAGGGCAAUUGGUAAUCUGAAUAUCCACAGAUCUGAAUCCCAUUGGGGGACAUUCCUUUUGUUAAUCGCUGAUUUCUAGAAAGAACUGUCAAAGCCACAAGAUCCAUAUAGUUCAUUUCAACCUGCACUUCAUUUAUCUGUUGAAUUGAGCUCUUAUGGUUUAAAUUGAAAGCAUCCAGGGCUGUGCAGGGCCAUACAAGCUCACAGCGUUGAUUCAAACUUGACCUCGGCUUCAAACUUGACCUCGGCGACCUUUGAAUAUAAUGAAAACUACAUUCAUUAUUUCAAAGGUCAAGCUACAACCCAAGUAGCAGUGAUCAUGCAAUACCAGUCCCCUCCUUUUAUACUCUGUUCUCAGGGUGCACACGUCAAAACAAGUGGGGUGAUUAACAUAUGCACAGAAUUUCAUAGUUGCUAUCAGAAAUUCUCCACAGUUGCCUCUUCAUACUGAACAAACCAACCUUCAUUUUUUCAAGUGAACACACUCACAGUUUGCCAUUAUAUCACAUGCUAUUACAGUGACAAAGAUGCAGUAGUGGAAAUGCAGUAUAUUAUUGUUUUAUAAUUUUUUUCUCUCAUCACUCGCUGCUAUAUUUUGCUAACUCACCUAAUAUUUCUUAAGCCAUGAGUAGAUUACUGACAGCUCCCUCUUACUUAUUAUAUCUCCUCCUCAGAAUGUGAGUCCCACAUGCAGAUUUCAUUGAAUGCAGCUGGGGUUCCCCCCCCCCCCCCUUGCGGAAGUAUGCCGGGGGAUUAACCACAAACAAUCUGUGCCUUAGCGUGUGCCCAUGCCAUACAAACACUAGAGAUUCUUAAAAAGGCUUGACUUGAUCGCGCACACUUUUUAGGAUCGUAAACUGUUGGUGUCUUCAGCGAGAUUCCGCCCUUAGCGGCACCGGAGGGCCACGCAGACAGGAAAUGAUGUCCCAGCAGAUUUAGGAAAAUAUUCUCUACAAUAAAAUGAAGGAUUUGCUUUAAAGAAUGGAGAGACUUUUGAAAGCAAAACACAUAAUGGUUGAAACACUAGAGCCGGGCCCUUGUAAGAGAAGUCAAUGUAACUGUGCGAUGUCUGCUUACCCUUAGGAAUGUCUGUUUUGUGUUGAAUUGACAAGGGACGUUUUUAACUUGUAUCAGGGAAACCUAGUCUUCCUUUGUUGAACUAGCUCAGGACAUAGAGAGGUACUGUUCUUCCUCCUCUAGCUGUCACUUAUUCUCUCUAGAAUAAGUUUAUACUGCUCUGCCUUACAGCAAACACAAACACCAACAACAACAGAGAUUAAUAUUACUUUGAUUUUGAUUUUUCCCCCCAAAACUGACGGAAGAAAAUGUUACCGGUGGGCAGCAGUCAUAAGAAAUUAGAUAUUUUAUUGAUUUAGUUUUUUUCCUCGAUUUCAUGGAGUUUGUUUUUGUGGCCAUAGUGUCAUGCAAAGAGACAACGCAGAGUGUCUAUGGCGGUGUUGUUAAUGUGUACUGUGGCUUGGUAACAAUACUGUAAAUGUUUGAUGAAUGUAUAUCUAGUCAUUUAAACAAUGAAACAAGUUGACAUGGAAUGGGUGUCAAAAUAAAAUGAUUUUGAAAUCCACCUAA